AUGGCGAACCCUCCGCCUUCACCUCCACCACCAGAGUCGAACUGGUCGCAGCAACAGACUCCAGUGCAGCCCUCAUCAACACCACACGAGAAACCACUCUCGAUCAAUGUCGAAGACCCCGAAGCCGCGACAGAUCAAAGUGCAGAGGGGAAACCAUGGAUGUACAAGCCACUGUUCAAGAUCGGCAAGUACCAAGCACCCUGGUUCGCCUCCCCCGAUGUUCAACUCUAUCUCGUCUCCUUUGUGUGUUUCUUGUGUCCGGGUAUGUAUAAUGCCGUCUCGGGCCUCGGUGGUGGUGGUCAGGUGAACCCGACCGACGUGAACAACGCCAACACCGCCCUGUAUAGCACCUUUGCCGUGGUGGGAUUCUUUGCCGGCUCCAUUGCGAAUCGCGUGGGUCUGCGCAUCACCUUGUCACUGGGGGGCUUUGGAUAUUUCCUCUACACGGCGGCGCUGCUCUCGUACAAUAUCAACCAGAAUGCCGGGUUCUUGAUCUUUUCGGGAGCCCUGUUGGGGGUGUGUGCCGGUCUGCUGUGGUGUGCACAGGGUGCGGUGAUGAUGAGCUAUCCCCACGAACAUGAAAAGGGGAGAUACAUCGCCAUUUUCUGGGUCAUUUUUAACUUGGGUGGUGUGAUUGGCAGUUUGGUCCCCCUUGGGCAGAACAUGCACAGCACGGCCGGCAGUGUCAACAACGGCACAUACAUCGCUUUCCUGGUCUUGAUGGCCGUCGGAUUCGUGCUCUGUUGGCUGCUAGUCGACUCCAAAUACGUCAAGCGUGACGAUGGAUCCCGGGUCAUUGUGAUCAAGAACCCGACCUGGAAGUCGGAGUUCCUGGGUCUGUGGGAAACCCUGCGAAGCGACUCGUACAUUGUCCUGAUGUUCCCCAUGUUCUUCGCCAGUAACUGGUUCUACGGGUAUCAUUUCAAUGCGGUCAACUUGGCUUAUUUCACCGUGCGUACCCGCGCAUUGAACAGCCUGCUCUACUGGCUAAUGCAAAUGGUGGGCGCCUUUGUCUUUGGUCAGCUCCUCGACAUGAAGUGGUUCUCACGACCGACCCGGGCCAAGAUCAACUUUGGUAUUCUCAUGGCCAUCACAUUGGCAAUCUGGGGCGGUGGAUAUGACUUCCAGAAACAGUACACUCGCGAGACAGUCAAAGCCGAUACGGAUUUCACCGACAGCAGCUACAUCGGCCCCAUGUUCUUGUACAUGUUCUAUGGCUUCUACGACGCUGCGUUCCAAACAUGCACCUACUGGUACAUGGGCUCACUCUCCAACAACGCCCGCAAACUCGCCAAUUUCGCCGGCUUCUACAAGGGUAUCCAGUCGGCCGGCGCAGCCGGAAUGUGGCGCAUGGACGCCCAAAAAACACCAUACAUGACCGAAUUUGCCUCGUGCUGGGGUCUCCUCCUGGGCAGCAUGUGUAUUGCUUCACCGGUGAUUUUCCGCAAGAUUAAGGAGCACACCGACGUGGCCGAGGAUCUGCGUCUCUCGGAUCAGACCACGGCCGAAGUCCUCGGUGGUACAGAGCUGACACACUCACAUGAUAAACCGCAUGUUGAGCAGGAUAGUGGAGAUGGGAACAGUGGGAAGAUGUAA